AUGCGAGUAGGGGAGCCUGUUGGCACUCCUGUUGGCGGUUCUGUUGGUGGCUUAGUGGGAGUGAAGCUUGGAGAAUCGGGGGUGACUGUGGGUAUGGGAGUAGGGGAUCCUGUUGGCACCCCUGUUGGAGAUACAAUUGGUGGUUCAGUUGGUGGCGUCGUGGGAGUGAUGCUGGGAGAACCAGGGGUGACUGUGGGUGUGGGAGUAGGGGAGUCUGUAGGCACUCUGGUGGAAGCUGCUGUUGGUGAAUCAGUUGGUGGCUUAGUGGGAGUGACAUUUGGAAAGCCGGGGGUGACUGUGGGUAUGGGAGUAGGGGGGCCUGUUGGCCAGCUUGUAGGAAAUGCUCUCGGUUGUUCUGUUGGGGGCUUGGAAGGAGUGACGCUUGGAGAACCAGGGGUCACUGUGGGUGUGGGUGUGGGUGUGGGAGUAGUGGAGUCUGUAGGCACUCUGAUGGAAGCUGUUGUUGGUGAUUCAGUUGGUGGCGUUGUGGGAGUGACGCUUGGAGAACCAGGGGUGACUGUGGGUAUGGGAGUAGGGGAGCCUGUUGGAAUUCCUGUUGGAGAUACAGUUGGUGGUUCCGCACUAACGUCUGUGGCAACAGCCAAAUUACCUGGCAAAUCCUUGUUGAACCCUUCAACAAACUUGUCUACAUCAACCAGUGUUGUAAAGAGACUCACACUUGAAAUUUGA